GCAGCACCUCCAGACUGAGGCAGCUACUCCUUGCACAUCUUUACCUGAUAAACGCGAACCAUGUCCGACAACCUUGACGGCUUUACCGGAGAGGUGCACAUCAUCGCCCGCCAAACAGCCAAGCCAGGCAAAGCCGAUGAGCUCGUCUCACUUCUCAAGGCCAUCAAAGCGUCCUGCGACAGCGAUGCCGAGCCCGACUGCAUCCGGUUCGAGAUCCUGCGCUGGAAGGACGAGAUAUGCGUUGUGGAAUCCUACAAGAACAAGGAGGGUAUCAUGACGCAUCUCAAUUCGGAGCCCACCAAGGUCUUGGAAACGAAGAGGAGCGAACUUGUCGUCGACGGAAGCCGCGUUAUCAAGCUCUUCGAGUCGGCCUAGACGAGAAACGUUCGGGCGAAGUUUGGGACGUCAUCCCGAAUUCCUGGUAGUUCCAAGGACGGAUAGAUGUACGAU